GAACUCACUCCGGCGAGCGAGCGGAGGCGCUCAGCCCUGUGGCAGGCGGCUGGGGCCGGCGAGGGCGCCGGAGCCGCGGGCGGCGGCGGGGCUCGGAGAGGCGAGCACAGGGGCUGGGACGGCGCGGCGCAGCCGCUGCGAGCGCCACUGAGCGGUCGCGCAACUUCGGAGCCUGAGCGCCGGAGCCAGGCGAGCGCUCGGAGACCCGGAGCCGGAGGGGCGCGCCGGAGCGUGGCUCGAGAGCCGGCGCCAGGCACCCAUCGCGCUCCGAGUGCCAGGCGGCCCUCCGCGCAGCGUGGCUGCCGCUGCCCCCACGGAAGGCACGGGCUGGCGCGGCCGGGCGCCGGGGAGGACGGCGAGGAGGAGGCGGCGGCGGCGGAGGCGGCGGCGGCGAGGCUGGGGCCAGGGAGACAGCCCUUGGGGAGAGGCGCCCGAACCGGGCCGCGGGAGCAUGUGGGCCCGGAGCGGAGCUCGGGGCGCGCUGCUGCUGGCACUGCUGCUCUGCUGGGACCCGAGGCUGAGUCAAGCAGGCACUGACUCCGGCAGCGAGGCGCUUCCCGACUCCUUCCCCUCGGCGCCGGCAGAGCCACUGCCCUACUUCCUGCAGGAGCCACAGGACGCCUACAUUGUGAAGAACAAGCCUGUGGAGCUGCGCUGCCGCGCCUUCCCCGCCACACAGAUCUACUUCAAGUGCAACGGCGACUGGGUCAGCCAGAACGACCAUGUCACACAGGAAGGCCUGGACGAGGCCACCGGCCUGCAGGUGCGCGAGGUACAGAUCGAGGUGUCACGACAGCAGGUGGAGGAGCUCUUUGGGCUGGAGGAUUACUGGUGCCAAUGUGUGGCCUGGAGCUCUGCGGGCACCACCAAGAGUCGUCGAGCUUACGUCCGCAUCGCCUACCUGCGCAAGAACUUUGAUCAGGAGCCUCUGGGCAAGGAGGUGCCCCUGGACCAUGAGGUUCUCCUGCAGUGCCGCCCGCCAGAGGGGAUGCCUGUUGCUGAGGUGGAAUGGCUCAAGAAUGAGGAUGUCAUCGACCCCACCCAGGACACCAACUUCCUACUCACCAUCGACCACAACCUCAUCAUCCGCCAGGCCCGCCUGUCGGACACGGCCAACUAUACCUGCGUGGCCAAGAACAUCGUGGCCAAACGCCGGAGUACCACUGCCACCGUUACCGUCUAUGUGAAUGGCGGCUGGUCCAGCUGGGCAGAGUGGUCACCCUGCUCCAACCGCUGUGGCCGAGGCUGGCAGAAGCGCACCCGGACCUGCACCAACCCCACCCCACUCAACGGAGGGGCCUUCUGCGAGGGCCAGGCCUUCCAGAAGACCGCCUGCACCACCGUCUGCCCAGUUGAUGGGGCGUGGACGGAGUGGAGCAAGUGGUCAGCCUGCAGCACCGAGUGUGCCCACUGGCGCAGCCGCGAGUGCAUGGCGCCCCCGCCCCAGAACGGAGGCCGUGACUGCAGCGGGACACUGCUCGACUCUAAGAACUGCACAGACGGGCUGUGCAUGCAAAAUAAGAAAACUCUAAGCGACCCCAACAGCCACCUGCUGGAGGCCUCGGGGGAUGCGGCGCUGUACGCGGGGCUCGUGGUGGCCAUCUUCGUGGUCGUGGCCGUGCUCAUGGCGGUGGGGGUGGUGGUGUACCGCCGAAAUUGCCAUGACUUCGACACAGACAUCACUGACUCAUCUGCCGCUCUGACUGGUGGUUUCCACCCUGUCAACUUCAAGACGGCGAGGCCUAGCAACCCACAGCUCCUACACCCCUCUGUGCCUCCCGACCUGACAGCCAGCGCUGGCAUCUACCGCGGACCUGUGUGUGCCCUGCAGGACUCCACCGACAAGAUCCUCAUGACCAACUCUCCCCUGCUGGACUCCUUACCCAGCCUCAAGGUCAAGGUCUACAGCUCCAGCACCACAGGCUCUGGGCAAGGCCUGGCAGACGGAGCUGACCUGCUGGGGGUCCUGCCGCCAGGAACAUACCCUAGCGAUUUCACCCGGGACACCCACUUCCUGCACCUGCACAGCACCAGCCUCGGCUCCCAGCAGCUCCUGGGCCUGCCCCAAGACCUGGGGAGCAGCGUCAGCGGCACCUUUGGCUGCCUGGGUGGGAGGCUCAGCAUCCCCGGCACAGGGGUCAGCCUGCUGGUGCCCAAUGGAGCCAUUCCCCAGGGCAAGUUCUACGAGAUGUAUCUACUCAUCAACAAGGCAGAAAGCACCCUCUUGCUGUCAGAAGGGACCCAGACAGUGUUGAGCCCCUCGGUGACCUGCGGGCCUGCAGGCCUCCUGCUGUGCCGCCCCGUCAUCCUCACCAUGCCCCACUGUGCCGAAGUCAGUGCCGGCGACUGGAUCUUUCAGCUCAAGACCCAGGCCCACCAGGGCCACUGGGAGGAGGUGGUAACCCUGGACGAGGAGACCCUGAACACACCCUGCUACUGCCAGCUGGAGCCCAGGGCCUGCCACAUACUGCUGGACCAGCUGGGCACCUAUGUGUUCACGGGCGAGUCCUACUCCCGCUCAGCAGUCAAGCGGCUCCAGCUGGCCGUCUUUGCCCCCGCCCUCUGCACCUCCCUGGAAUAUAGCCUCCGGGUCUACUGCUUGGAGGACACGCCUGUGGCACUGAAGGAGGUGCUCGAGCUGGAGCGGACUCUGGGCGGCUACUUGGUGGAGGAGCCAAAACCGCUGGUGUUCAAGGACAGUUACCACAACCUGCGCCUCUCCCUCCAUGACCUCCCCCACGCCCAUUGGAGGAGCAAGCUGCUGGCCAAAUAUCAGGAGAUCCCCUUCUAUCACAUCUGGAGCGGCAGCCAGAAGGCCCUGCACUGCACUUUUACCCUGGAGAGGCACAGCUUGGCCUCCAUGGAGCUCACCUGCAAGAUCUGUGUGCGGCAGGUGGAAGGAGAGGGCCAGAUAUUCCAGCUGCACACCACGCUGGCGGAGACACCUGCUGGCUCCUUGGACACUCUCUGCUCUGCCCCUGGUGGUGCCGUCACCACCCAGCUGGGACCUUAUGCCUUCAAGAUCCCAUUGUCUAUCCGCCAGAAAAUAUGCAACAGCCUAGAUGCCCCGAACUCACGGGGCAAUGACUGGCGGAUGUUGGCACAGAAGCUCUCUAUGGACCGGUACCUGAAUUACUUUGCCACCAAAGCGAGCCCCACAGGUGUGAUCCUGGACCUCUGGGAAGCUCUGCAGCAGGACGAUGGGGACCUCAACAGCCUGGCGAGUGCCUUGGAGGAGAUGGGCAAGAGUGAGAUGCUGGUGGCUGUGGCCACUGACGGGGACUGCUGAGCCUCCUGGGAUGGCAGGCUGGCAGGGACUGGCAGGAGGCAGGUGAGGGAGGCCCGAGGCAGCCUCCUGAUGGGAUAUUUGGCCUCUGCUUCCUCCCAGUUCACAGCCAGAGUUGCCUCACCUCCUCCUCCCCUUCCCCCAUCCCCAGACCACGACCAGCCUUAGAAAAUCCAUGUACUCUGUUGUUAGAGGGCCCACAGUUCCUUCUCCAUUCCACACGCUCUCUCUCCCUUGGCCUCAGAUCUGUGUGGGAACCAAGAUGGGGCUGAAGCCUCUGGAGGCAGUUGGUGGGGGCAGGCAGGAGGCCCUCCCUCCACCCCCACACCCCCAGUCCCCCACCCCCACCCUCAGCCCGACAACUUCUGGGUUCCAUGGGUUUUAGUUCUGUUCUUCAUUUUCUUCCUCCGUUAUCGAUUUCUCCUUUCUCCCUAAGCCCCCUUCUGCUUCCACACCCUUUUCCUCUUUGAAGAGUCGAGUACAAUUCAGACAAAUGGCUUUCUCCUGUCCAAAAGCAAAAAGGCAAAGGAAAGAAAGAAAGAAAGCUGCAGACUGCUUUAUUUAGUAAGGCUCAAAGAAGAAGAAGAAAAACACCAAAACCACAAGGGAAAAGAAAAACCCAGUUUCUUAGGAAACGCAAAUGAUUUAUUAUCCAAAUAUUUGGAUAAGUCCUUUUUAAGAAGAAAAAAAAAAGAAAACGAAAAACAACACAAAAAAAUAGAAAACUCUCUUCUUGAGUGUGGAUGAGAAUGGGCAGGCUCACACUUCUGACCAGGAGUGAAUGUGCCUGUGUGUGUGUGUGUGUGUGUGUGUGUGUGUGUGUGUGUGUACAUGUACGCUUGUGCGUUGGGGGGAGAAAGACUGAACAGAGAGUACUUUGCUGCUAACGAAUUCAUCUUGGACUAAAUUCGAACAAGGCCUCAGUUUCCCCAGUUGUGCAGGAUGUAGGUCAGACAGGGUUUUCACUGUCUAGAUUUAGAUGGUUAGAUUUCCCUCUAAAAUCUUAAGCAGAUGCUGAAUCCAUAAAGCCAAGGAGUGCUGAGGGCUGGAGUGGGUGGCCCUCCUUCCCGCAGCCCCAGGGAGAUGUCUCUGGCUCCUGGGAACCUGGAUUAAGAAAGUUGGGACGGAAGAGGACUGGUCAGGUCAGCUGUGAGCCAGGGAGAAUGUUCCAGUCCGGUUUUGGUCUGGUGGCUCCUAGAAAGGGAUGUGGCCCAGAAGUGGGACCCGAACAGAGGGACAAAGUGAGGGAGGAAAGUCCUCCGUGGGCACCUCUCUCCUGUGGGCGGGAUGGCUUUACCCUAGGGUGGUUCCAGCCCUGACACGCUCAUCCCCUCCUCCACCCAGCAGCCUCUGGAGCAGGUGGGCUGGAGCAGGGUGGUGCUCUCUUGAUGGCCAGGAAUCCAGAAACUAGCCUUCCCCAGCCUCGGUUUCUCCUUUUGUAAAGCAGAGUGAUGGCUGAGAGGUCCUCUCUAGCUGCAGAAGCCCCAGCUUCCCAGUGUCAGUCAGCCCUGCAGCGUGGGAGGCUGGGAGGCUGGUGGCCUGGCUGUGCUUUGCCCAGGAGUGGAGGAGGAGGCUGAGAAGCUGGUUUCCCAGCUCUGAUCUCCACAGGCAUCUCCUGUAACCCUCCUCUCACCCUCUACGGUCGGGGGAUCUGAAAUAACCUUCCCCAGUGGGCGGGGUUGCUAGGGUGGAGGGCCGGCACACACCAACCCCACCCAACCUGUUCCAGGGCCCUGCAUGGGGCAGCAUGAGUCCCUGGCCUUGUGCAGCUGCCUGCCAGUGGCUGGGACCAGGAUCUUGCAGUCAGCACAGAGGCCUCAUCAAAGGCCUCUCCCUCCCUCUUGGCACUCCAGGCAAGGCAGGUACCACCUUCCCCGACAGCUCUAGGCACUGACCCUAGGGCAUGCCCCAGCAGGCCUCUGAGCAGCUGCUGGGACCCCUCUCAGCACAUCCUGGCCUUUGAAUGUCUGAUAUCCUGAGAGGAGGGCAGGUUUUAGGGCCUCAGUUCCAGCCAGCAUGCCCAGCCUGGCUUCCCUGCCAUGGACUCAGUGGCUCAUGGGGCUUCUGACUACCCACCACCCUUGUGGUAUGGCCUGGCUGUGGGCAGAGGAGGACUUGCCUGGAGAUGUGAGAGAGGAUUCCUUCCACCAGGGCUGCUGAGGGGCCAGGCCUGCACCAAGGGCUGGGCCCCGAGGCUGAGACCAAGACUCUUGACCCUGGUGCUUCCCGUGUGGAUGCUGCCUUGGAUGAAGGCAGUGAGCCUUCCCUGCCAAAAUGCCCGUCCCAUGUGCUUGGCCUCGCUGGUCACUGUUAGCCCCUGCACACAUGUGGGCCUUGGUCACAUGGCUUUGAGGUCUGUCUGACCAGGCUAGACCACACAUGCAGUGACAGGUGGUGCCAUUCUCCUCGCAGACUCUGAAGUGCCCACAUGCAGCCUGGCAGUCCAAAGACCAGGAAUCAAGUUGCAAAUCUGCUGUUAAACUGCUGUGUGACUUCAGGCAUAUCACUGCCUUCUCUGGGCUUCAGUGUCCUUUUCAUACCUAGAAGGCUGUGGUCUCAGGCUCUUUGGGUUCAGACACUCUGUGCUAGGCUUCUGUAGGGGACCCUGUGGUCUGCCGUGCCCGCCUCCCUGAUCUUUUCUGUCCUCCCCGCCCCACCCUCAAAAGCUGCUUGCUCUGCCCCCAGGACAGGAGCUUGACGGAUGAGGUGUAGCUAGCCACCCAGGUGCCAUUUCCAGUCUGAUUUCCGGAAAUGUGCACCAUGUCCCGGAGCACAAAUUGGCUGGAGCCUCUUGGGAGGGUUCGAACUGUCCAGCUCUAUGAGAAACUACCAGAAAGGAUUUGCCGACUCUAUCCGUCUGUGGAGGCUGCCUGCCUCUGGGAUGGGAUCAGUGGUUUCUCCUCCAGUUCAGACCCAACAGACAGCUCCACAGGGCGUGUACCUGGUGGGUAGCAGCUCAGGUACUGUUGAAGGUGGCAGGGCGCUUACACAGGUGUUUCUCUCUCUCUCCUCUCUGGGGUGCGUGUGUGUGCGCAUGUGCGUGCCUGUGCUUUUCUCUGUGGGCACAUCAGACUGCCCCUCCGAGAACACGUGCGCGUGUCGCCACCAGAGCGUGUGUGUGUGUGUGUGUGUGUGUGUGUGUGUGUGUGCGCGCGCGCGCAUGUGCUGCCUCUGCGUCCCAGGUUUGGACAUCUGGAGGUUGGUGUGCCUGUCUUCUGCCCUCCCUGAGCCCACAGGGUCAGUCAGUGUAUAUUCUACGUGCCUCUCCCUCUGCCUUCUCUCACAGUGCCCUCCUGCUCCAGAGCUCAGGGGCAGGGGUUCUCCUGAGGGUGCAGGGGACCCUCCUCAUCUCCUGGACCCUCCAGGGCCCUCUGGUCCAUGUUCUCCAGCUCCCAGGCAGCUGAGCUGGGUCCCGUAGGAGAGGUGACCAGAAGCUUCAGUGCAGGGAGCUCUCAGGGGGGCAAAGGGCUGGACCCCUGCCAGGGCCAUGGACACAGUUAUAUGCCUGGGGGGGAGUGCAGGGCCCCAGGGAUGGCCCCCAAUCCCACCUCUGUUUAUUCUGUAAACUCCAACCUAUAAAUAACCUUUAGCAUUCCUAUUGUAACAAAAUUAAUUUUUAUGAAAUAAAUUAUAUUUCCUAGUCUAAUAAAA